AUGCAAUUGUCCACCGACAGCCGUCACACGGGACAGAGAGCAAUGCCGACAGCUUCGGAUGGGAAUAUGGAAAUAAGCAUGGCGUCGGGAAGGAAGGAGAACGGCGCUUUUUUAUGCUUCGAAGUGCUACAGAAAGCAUCGCACGGAAUAUCGUUAAUGCGCUGCACUGCACUGCAGCAGCCCGGCGAUUGCAUAUUUGUGGACAUUGCUCUGGAGCAACCGCUUGCUUGGAUCGGCUGUUGCUUCAUCGUCAAAUGCAAAAAAUAUGCUGAAACGAUCUCGCCUUGCAAAGGAAGGUACCAGGAUCACCAGCAAGUGACGCAGCAACGCUCGCAGCAAAUUUCACUGGCACAGCGAAAGUAA